UUGUAAUGGCAUUGCGUCUGCUCGUAUAUACGUGUACGGUACAUAAAUAUGUACACGUAGUGGAUACAUAGAGUAGCUACAGCACGUUGGUUAAGCUUAACUGCGUAAUUGCGCCAAAUAUAGGUAUCCGAUGCGGUCCGAUCCGAAUCGCAUCUGGACAACAACAGCAGCAUUGCACAAUUUAUCACAAGUACUUACACGAAUGCCAGCAUGUGCAGCACUGCACGCCACCAUAUCUGCAGCGACAUUUUGAAUCUGUAACAACUAUUCGGCUGUUUUCACGUAAGAUUCCGGUGGCAGAUUGACGAUAACGGAGGCGCACUGACAUUUUUUAACUAACUGUCAUUGGCCUGAUUACUUCCGCUCGGCACUUGUGCUCUUAUUUACCACUGCGCUUCCGUGGUGACAGGAUAUACGCCGUCUAAAUCUGCCCUCAUCCAGGCUUUUUUUAUUAUUUUGCACCAAAACUGGAUUAAGAGAACGUGUAUAGCCAUCCCGUGCACUUCAAGUUGUGACGAACUCCUCCGACAUGUCCUGGAUCGGCUGACCAUGUCGGGACCCCGCCACCGCCGGCCUUUCCCUGACGACCAAUAAACGACACGCGCUUCCCUGCUGUCUGCGCGGCCAGUAUUCAUCCUCUUCCUGCCGUUUGAUUCCACUGAAUUCUCCGGCGGACGUCUGCGUGUAGUGGAGACCAAGAACUGAAUAAUCGCCGCAACACUGAGACGAUCCUCGUGCCAUCGUCAUCCAUCGCAGCUAGAAGAUGGCGGGCACACAACGCAUCAUGCAGUUGACGGUGAAGAUGCGCCGACCCAACGACUCCGUCAAGUGGGGCUUCCGCAUUUCCGGCGGCGUCGACUACAGCGAGCAGCUCAAAAUCACCAAAAUUACCCCUGGAAGUCUAGCGGAACAAGUGGGACUAAUGGCCGGUGACUUCGUGACGUACAUCGGGGAUCCGCCGGCGGACGCCACCAUCUGGACGCACGAGCAGGCGCAACAGGCCCUGGUCCGGCAGGGCAACGAGAUCAUCAUGACUGUCCAAAGAGGCGGCGACUACGCUAUCCGCUCCCCUCCGCCCAUCAGCUCCUCCGGCGCCGGCGGAGUGCAGACCAUUAAAAGCCAAAGCCCCGUGCCUGCGCCCGCCCCCGCUCCCGGCCCCGGGCUAGGAGUAGGCCCCGCCCCCCUCCAGAACUACAACCAAACGCCGCCCUCCUUCGUAGGCAGCAACGCCAACAACUACCCUUCGUCCGCCAACAGCAACAUGAACAACAUGAGCAUGGCGCGCCCGCCCCAGGAGAUCAUGCGCCUCACCGUCAAGAUGCGCGCCGGCCAGGGCAUGGCCAUCGACUGGGGCUUCCGCACCGCCGGCGGCGACGGCGGUCCGCUCAGGAUCAUCUCUGUCCGGCCCGAGUCCAUGGCGGAGGAUGUCGGCCUGCAGGCCGGCGACAUGAUCUACAGCGUGGGUGACCCGGCGACGAGCAUCUACAACCUGCCGUACCACCAGGCCGUGCAGGCCGUCUCCAACCAGGGCAACAACCUCAUCAUGACGGUGCAGCGCGGCGGCGACGCCAUCAUCGAGAGCAGCGGCUUCCAGAAGGCCGCCAACCAGCCGAGCCAGAGCCCGGGGGCGGGCGCCGCGGGGGGCGGCGGCCAGCCCUCGGUCAUCAAGCGGACGGUGCGCAUGGAGCGGCCCAACCAGAACACGCCCUGGGGCUUCCAGGUCUUCGGGGGGCGGGACUUUGGCCAGUCGCUGGUCAUUUCCAAGGUCACGCCGGGCUCCAUGGCGCAACAGGUGGGCCUGGACGAGGGCGACCAGCUGUGCUUCAUCGGCGAGAAUCCCCGGCAGAACGUCAGCGGCUGGACGCACCAGCAGGCGCAGCAGGCGCUGAUCAACCAGGGCAACAAGCUGGUCAUGACCGUCGAGAAGAAGACCAACCAGAACUGGUGAACCGGUGACCCGACGGCCGCCACCUUCCACACCGCCGCAUUUCGUUUAACUGACACACACAGACGUUAAUUAUUAUUAUCCUUCGACUAUCCACAUUAUGCUAACCAGAAAAGCCAGACGGCGUUGCAGUCCAUCUUAUUCGCAAGCUAUAAUCACGCUGACCGGCGUCCUUGAUCAACAACCGGCAUGCAUCCGCUCCCGCGUGGACACUGCCGUCGCUAUAAUUCUUCGUGCCUCCGCCUACUUUCUGACUCUGCUCUGCUCCGUGUAUAAUUCAGCCUUUUCUGCUAAAAUAGACGCCUCUUGCUAUAUUUAUUGCCUUCCCGCGACGACUCCGCGUCGUUCUUAGUUAUUUAUAGAAGCAUCCGUCAUUAAUGUGCAGCUUAUGCGUUAUGUGUUUUUUUACACGGUGCUGUCUUUAUGCGUAAUUAUCUGUAGUUGGCUACAGUAAUGUUCUAGAAUCUUCCGGCGGCGGAAUAGCGCAACUACAGUCGUGUCGGUAUUGGGAAGAAUUGCUCUUAUUCUUGCUUGUUAGUUGUUAAGCAUUAUUGCAUUUUACUGCUGCUAAAUGGACAGAUAUUUUGUACGCGACAUUAGUAUUAUUAAAAUUAAUUUCGUCAUG